UUUUCAGUAAGUUGUUUGUUUCGUGGCACGUAUAUAGACAGUAUUUUGUGUAAUUGUGGGCUAUAAACUACAAAGUGAACGCCGGAGUAUACCUGCUGCGUUCAUGCAACAAUUAUGAAGAUGUGUCGAGUGCAUAAUCCUUUUUAGUUUGGUUGAAGAUCAUCAGGAAACUAUAUUCUGAUCCUUACUGCUAUCAAAUGUGAAGUGUGCUCAGAGUGUUGUAGAAGGCAACAUGAUCUAGACAUACAUGCGCAUCCCUACUGGAGAGAAACACUUCAGAUGUGGAAUGUGUUUAAAGAAUUGCUCUGACCAGAGUAACAUCUAAAAACAUAUGAUGAUGCACGCUGGUGGUGAAGUGAACCAAUGUGAAGUCUGCUCAAAGUGUUGUAGAACUAAAUCCAAAUUAGAAGCACACAUGCAAGUUCAUACUGGAGAGAGACCGUUCAAAUGCGGAAUGUGUUUAAAGAAUUUGUCUUCUAAGGGAAACAUAAAAGUGCAUAUGAGAAUCCACACUGGUGAAAAGCCAUUCAAAUGCGAUAUCUGCACCAAAUGUUUUACACAGAGAUCCUAUUUGAAACAACAUAAAAUGUUGCAUAUUGGUGUGAAACCUUUCAAAUGUGGAAUGUGUUUAAAUACCUUUUCAACCAAGAGGAGCAUUAAAAUUCAUAUGAGAAUCCAUACUGGUGAAAACCUAUUCAAAUGUGAUAGUUGCACCAAAUGUUUUACACGAAACACCUUUUUGAAACAACAUAAAAUGUUUCAUUAUGUUGCGAAACUGUUGAAAUGUGAGAUAUGUUCAAAAGGAUAUACAAACACUACAGACUUAAAAUAUCAUAUGUCAAUUCAUACUGGUGAGAAAGCUUUCAAAUGCGACAUCUGCACAAAGUGUUUUACACACCGUAACCUUCUGAAACGACAUAAAAUGUUCCAUAACAAUGAGAAACCUUUCAAAUGUGAUAUGUGCCCCAACUGUUUUAAAAGAAAUGCAGACUUAAAAUGCCAUAUGUUGACUCAUACUGGUGAGAAACCUUUCAAAUGUGAUAUGUGCACAAAGUGUUUUGCAAGAAGUUCCAGUUUGAAAACUCAUAAAAUGCGUCAUACUGGUGAGAAACCUUUCAAAUGUGAUAUGUGCACAAAGUGUUUUGCAAGAAGUUCCAGUUUGAAAACUCAUAAAAUGCGUCAUACUGGUGAGAAACCUUUUAAAUGUGAUACGUGGACAAAAUAUUGUACAACAACUUCAAAAUUAAAACGACAUAUAAUGAUUCAUACUGGUGAGAAACCUUUCAAAUAAGACAUGUGCAUAAAAUGGUUUACACAGAAUUCCGGCUUGAAACCUUUCACGUGUGAUGUGUAGAUAGCGUACUUCUCAAUAUUAUCCUAAAACAACAUACGUCAAUUAAUGCAGGAGAGAAACCUUUAAAAUGUUGAUUUUGAAAACACAUAUCAAACACAGUAGAACGUUUAAGGAUUGUGUGGGAAAACGUAAACAUUAAAUGAGAUAUAUGCGUAUGUUGGUCCAUAUCCAUUGCUAGGAUCCAUAUGAAGUACACACAUGAAGUGGUUUGCAUAGAGUAGUCAUUUGGACAAACAUGUCGGUGACGCUACUGGUACAUUUUUAUCCUUACUGGUACAUAAUGAGAUGCAUUUGCAAAACACCAACUAAAGUCUUCCAUCGGAAAAGUAUGAUGUCUCUCAAUCCUGUUAUGUCUAUGGAAUGUGAAGUGUGCUCAACGUGCUGUAUAAGUAAAUGUGAUCUCAGAAAUUCACACACACACACACAUCCAUACUGGAGAGAGACCGUUUACAUGUGGCAUGUGUCUAAAGGAUUUCUCUUACAAGAGUAACAUUAAAACACACAUGACGAUCCAUGCUGGUGACAAACAAUUCAGAUGUGAUGUAUGUAAACAAAAACAAAAAAACAUUUGCUUUUGUUAGUUCAUACUGGUGAGAAACACCUCAAAUGUGGUAUGUGCUCAACAUGUUUACACAGAGUUCCAGUUUGAAAACCUAUAGGAUGCUGCAUAGUGGUCAGAAACCUUUCAACUAGGAUAUAUGCACAAACUAUUUUACACAAACUUCCAGUUUAACAAUCCAUAAAAUAUUUCAUUAUGGUGAGAAACCUUUCAAAUGUGACCUAAAACACAAUAUAUCGAUUCAAUCUGGCGAGUAAUUAUUCAAAUGUGAGAUUGGCACAAAAUGUUUUACACAGAUGCCCAUACAUUCUGGUAACAAACUGUUCAGAUAUGAUGUUUCAAAAACGUUUUACUCCAAAGUUUGUGACUUAAAACAACACAGGUUAGAAACUUGUCAAAUGUGUGAAGUUUGAAAACUCAUUUCAAACACUGUGGAACUUUGACGCCAUAUCGAGGAUCAUAUGUCAAGAUGUGUGUGUGUGUGUGUGCGUGCGUGCGUGUAUGUGAAAUUAGUCCAAUUUUGGGAUUAUCACAAGAUAUUAAACAUAUUUUAUAAAUUGUAUUCAAAUACAUUUAUCGUAAAUAUUUAUAAAACAAAGCGAUAUUCCUUUUUGUUAGCUUGCAUAUUACAUAAUUUACAACUAUCUAUUAACAAGUAGGAAUUAUGGAUGAUCUGGCUGGAGUGAGUGAAUGUUGUAGACCCGAACCUUUGGCGAAAGUCAAACUCUGGGUUUAGCAAAGAACCAAUCAAACGUCAUUUGAUAGUUGGCCAAUCAGUGCAAUUAUCGAGAGAACAUAUGAUAGUCGGCCAAUCAGUGUAUGCAGAAGCAAUCUGCACACUAUGCAAUUAUCGAGAGAACAUAUUAUAGUCGGCCAAUUAGUGUCUGUAGAAGAAAUCUGCACACUAUGCAAUUUUCAAGAGAACAUAUUAUAGUCGGCAAAUUAGUGUGUGUCGAAGCAAUCUGCAGACUGCAAUUAUCAAGAGAACUUAUGAUAGUCGGCCAAUCAGUGUGUGUAGAAGCAAUCUGCACACUAUGCAAUUAUCAAGAUAACUUACGAUAGUCGGCCAAUCAGUGUCUGUUGAAGCAAUCUGCACACUAUGCAAUUAUCAAGAGAACAUAUUAUAGUCGGCCAAUCAGUGUGUAUAGAAGCAAUCUGCACACUAUGCAAUUAUCAAGAGAACAUAUUAUAGUCGGCCAAUCAGUGUGUAUAGAAGCAAUCUGCACACUAUGCAAUUAUCAAGAGAACAUAUUAUAGUCGGCCAAUCAGUGUCUGUAGAAGCAAUCUGUACAUUAUGCAAUUAUCAAGAGGAUAUGUUAUAUUUUGCCAGUCAGUGUCUGUAGAAGUAAUCUCCACAUUAUACAAUUAUCGAGAGAACGUAUUAUCCCAGAUAUUUUAGUCCAUAUGCUAAUAAAAAGAAAUCUUCAUAUCACGUUGAACCAGUCGUUGCAAUAACUAUAGUCCUAUUCUAUUGUUCAGACCCUAAGUGUUUUGCAGAUGUUACGUUUAAUUCCUAUUAAGUCCUUUUUUCUUUACAUUUGCAUGGAAAUAAACCCAAAACCCGACAGGUUUAUAUAUAAUUCAUCAUCUAAAAUGCACGAAGUUGACAUUUACAAACAUCUAUGUAUGUUUUGAAUGCAGGUUCUUUCUCCUAUAAAUAACUACUGCUAUUUGCAUUAUGCACAAAGCACAUUUUUAAACCAAAAAGCUAUUGUUCAGAUGUUUUCGGGGGAUCCACCACUUGCCCAUCCCCUAGACAAGGCCCCAAAUGUCCAACAUACGAUAACAUUGCUUGUAUUACUGGGCAUUCCAUGCAUUAUUGCUAUUUGAGUAAAAAUAUGGGUAAAUCGAAAAGCAUUUCAGUCGAUGUAAAAUCUUGUAUUGAGAAGUGUUUUGAUUAUUUUGAAGACUAAUAUCAGCCGCUUAUAAUGAUAGUAAAACGGCCACGGUACGUUAAUUGUCACGCUUACAAACUUCUUUGACGCCGUUAAACAUGCAAUAACGAUCGAAGAAGAUUUUAGAAAGCAAAAUAAUUUUAUAAGAAAUAAAAUACUAUCUGUGAUAGUCUCCUUUAACGAAGACGGUGAUGAAGAAAUUGAGUUUGUCGAAUGAUUAAGUUGCUUCUCCCUACCCAUCAAUCAUAUAACAUUCAAUGCAUUUAUUAAGUCUUUAACACUGAACACAAUUUAUUCCCAUGACAUUCAUUAUCAGUCACUAUAAAACAACAUAUCAGUUGGACAAAUACAAACAUGUAUUACAAAGCACUAACAAUCCAUAUAAAACGGUAUAAAAUGCAUCUACAUACGAAGCCAGAGUGUGGUGUGGGGUUGAGCAGAGGGCCACGCCUCCAUCAAUCGCGGGUAUACAAUAGUAUGGCCACGUGUGUAUGCAAUAUGUCACAAUGAGCAUCACGAGAUUGAGACCUCACCCCGCCCCCCACUCGCCCCCGUCCCUAAAAGGGAACGUGACCUUCAGAUGAACACUUGCCCGUACAUUGGUGAAUAAUAAAUAUAUAUUAUUCAUGGACAUACAACCUGACAGUCAUAAUGUAUCAACCUAUCUCACAGUUACUUUACAAUUUUUUAUCCCCAGUAGCAACGUAUUUAUUUGUGUACAUGUAUCAGUGUAUUACACCGGCCUCGGUGGCGCCGUAGUAGGCCUUCUGUCUACAGGCUGGUAGGUACUGGGUUCGGAUCCCA